UUCAGAGCUUAAGUUAUGGAAAGGUCGUUGCCUCAUUUCGGGAACGGGGAAAGUUUAUUCAGUUCUUCCUGAUAACGAAAAGGUCUCAGAAACGCGUUUCCUGAUUGUGGGAGUGGAUAACCGGUUGAUGGAAAUCGCAAUGAAACUCUGAAGAGAAAGUUACUUAUUAAAAUACCACAUUGAGAGGAGAAGGAUCUUUCAAUUUUCUCCCAUAGGUUACUGAUUUACCACGGAAAGCAUAUAAAGAGAUAGCUUUGAGAACAAAUGGAUCCGUCUCCAACUUGUAAAAUUGCUUCAUGCACUCACGCUGUUGACCAAUAACUUCCUUUGUAUCUAGGUUAACAAUCUCACUCAUUUGGAAAGCUACCGAUUCGUGUAAACCAACGACAGCAGAGUGGAUACUGAAAGUAAAGAAAAUCAAAGGAAAAUACCAAAGAUUGGGAUUGAACACAAGGAAGAUGAAUAACCAAGUCCAAGUCCAAAUGAUGUGAUGAAGCUGGAAAGAAAGAGAACAGCAGAACGGCAAAUCAAUAAAGUGUGGAUCUGACCUAAGAACCAAGGCUGCAGACAUUGCCAAGAAAUAUUUCCAUGUCUAAAAGCAAGAGUUCUUUAGUCACUUGAAAUCCAUUGUAAAGAGGAAAGGAGGAAUCGAACUGGAUCGCUGCCAAAUAUUUUUCUGUGUCUGCGAUGGCUUUCCAUUGGCAUAUCACUAACUCCAGGCUGGCAUUAUUUAUGUUUGUAACUCUUUCCUACCUUCAAUUGUCUUCGGCCAUACAAAACUGUUCCAGCAAGCAGAACAAUUUUAAAAAUGUCUCUGAAAUUCAGUACAGCAGUAACAUCUACCCAGUUUCUGGGACGAUAUUGGUUCUAUACCGCAUGGUGCACAACUUCCUUGAUAUGGUUCAACCAAAUCCCUUUCCAUCAGAUUUAGUCAAGGAACUCAAUCAAAAUGCUGAAAAUCUACAGAGCAACUAUGUAAAGGUUCUGAAGUAUGAGAUUGGCUUCAUUGUUUGUGCAGCUAUUGGAAUUCUCUUCUUCCUCUUCAUGCCCUUGGUUGGUGUUUGUUUCUGUUGCUGUCGGUGUUGUGGGAACUGUGGAGGAAAGAUGUACCAGGAGCAGAAAAAGUCAAUGAACUGUAGAAGGAGGACACUAGCAACCAUCUUGCUCAUGGUUACAACAGUGAUUCUAAUAGGAAAUAUCUGCAUGUUUGUCAGCAAUGAAAACAUCUCAGAAUCUUUACAGCAUAGUGACAACUUACUGAAAGGCACCCUAAGAAACCUGAAAAGUUACAUUAGCUCCAUCCCAAAACAAAUUACAACCGUUACUAAUGCCAGUGCAAUUCCAGUAGCCAGUGUCUCAGCUAACCUGGACAACAUAGGUUCAAGUCUUGGUAAAACAGUCAUGAAAAAGCUGGGUGAAACUAUAUACCCUGUACUGAAUUCAGCAUCUCAGCUAGUACAAGUUGUCACUGAGAUGAAUGAAAGACUGCUGCUCAUAAAUUCGACAGCAGCAAAACUGCUACAUCAGCAGGAGGUUCUCCAGCAGAAUUUGACCAUCAUCCAACAAAACAUUAACAGAACACUCACUAUCUGUGGUUUACAAUGUGUCAGCAUCCAGGGCAUCCUGAAGGACCUUGACCUUGUUGCUAACUUUGGAACGGCUCCUAAUAUGGAUAAGGAGAUAAAUGACAUGAGGCAAAUUGUGGACACCAACUUUUAUUCCAUUGUACAAAAGGGCUAUAAAGAUUUUAAUGAUACACCAGCCCUGCUUGUCAACCAGUCAAUUAGUACUGUAUCAGAAAUUAAGAAAAGCUUGAAGAAUAUUGAACACGAGGUACACAAAGGUGUACAGGCAUUUCCAUUAUUAACUACAUUAGAGUCAAUCAAUGCCUCACUAGAUUCUGUGGAUCUCGAAAUAAGUAAAUACCGCCCAAAGAUUCAGGAAGGCAAUAAAUACAGGUGGAUAGUUGGGAUUGUGCUGUCCGGUAUCAUUUUCCUAGUUGUUCUGUGUAAUUAUCUGGGGCUUCUACUGGGAACAGCAUGCCUCAAACCCAAUGUGAAUCCCAUUGAACGGAGUUUAUUGUCAAACUGCGGGGGGAAUCUCCUCAUGGCGGGAGUCGGCUUCAGUUUCAUCUUCUCGUGGUUUUUGAUGCUCCUUGUCCUUAUCAUGUUUAUGGUGGGUGGAAAUGUCUAUUCGCUGGUUUGCAAACCCUGGAAUGACAAUGAGAUUUUUCAGGUAAUUGAAAGCUCGGGGCUGAUGGCUAACUUUAACCUGACACACAUACUCGGACUAAAGGAUACCCAUCUGAGCAUCAACAAUAUUUACAACGACUGCCACAAUAACAAAUCUGCAUGGAAGGCCUUGAAACUAGGGCAGAGCUUCAGCCUGGAUGAAUAUUUGAACCUGAGUAAGUAUACAGGUGACAUAUCAAGUAGAUUUGAUCAACUGAAUGUCAAUUUAUCAGGAAUUACACUACUGGAUCAGAAGGGCAAGACGACUCUGAAAGAUUUCUUAAACAUUGGUAUUGAAGAUUUGAACUUUACCAGCAUCUCUGAGCAGCUGCAGCUGCCCUUAUUUCAGCAGGAACUGCACAUCACUGUGGGGAAACUACAAAAUACCUCAAAGAGCUUGAUGGACCCAGUCAAAACCGAACUAAACAAAGAGGCAGCAAGGCUGAAUGACCUAGACAGCUGGAUCCAGACCAACAUGGUGCCAAACAUUGAAGUAUUGAAAGAAAAUAUUGAACAUCUUCAGAAAAAUGCUUCACACAUUGAGAUGAUAAUAAAUACCAUUUUAUUGAGGAUAGAUUCUGCACAGGAUAUGAUCCAUACAAAAGCUUCAGAUCUUGUUAAAAAUGAAUCCAAGAUUUUUCUGCAUUGUCAGCUCGAAUAUUUCAGUUACUAUAUGAAUUGGACCAAGACAAUGAUUACAGAGAAUAUGGCUCAGUGCAGACCUCUUGCAGAUGUCCUGGACUCCGUGGCAAUCAUUGGUUGUUCAUACCUUUUGGAUUCCUUGAACGCUUUCUGGUUUUGUAUGGGCUGGAGCACAAUAUUCCUGAUUCCAAGCAUCGUUUUUGCAGUGAAGCUGGCCAAAUUCUACCGUCGCAUGACAAUUUCAGAUGUAUACGAGUAAAUAAUGAUGUACCAGAAUGUUGACUGUCAGAUGGAAAUGCAACCAGUGCAUUGAUAAUUCCACCUUUCUGAAACUUGACAUUGGGAUCUUACUGAGAUACUAAAGAUCAUGGCUGUGACUGACUCUGUUGUGGGAAAAAAUGAAUAAACCAACGAUACUUGAGGAGCUCCCUCUGAAGUUCAUUAUUGCCAUUGUGUACUGAAUUAAAAUUCCAACAUAUGUGAUUUGAAUGCAUGAAUUGAAUUGAAUUGAAAUGCAUUGAAUGCAUGUACAGCACAGGCCUUGGCUGUUUUGUUGUUCCCCAAAUAUCUCUUUCCUGGAGCUACAAAUUUGAAUUUUUCCAACUGGAGUUCCCUUGUAGUGCAGUUCCCUUUUGCUGCAGUAUGUAAACAGCUCUUAUCAGUAUCACAAUGUCCCUGUGUGACUAUGACAAAAGUAACUCUUCACUCCCCACCCUUCUGCAUGUCUCGAUGUGGUUGACCAUGUAACAUCUCAAACAUCCUCAUGUAACAUCUCAAAUAGAUCCAUAGAGAUGUACAGCAUCUUUGGUUCAACUUGUUCACGCCGACCAGAUAUCCCAACCUAAUCUAGUCCCAUUUGCCAGCACUUGGCCCAAAUCCCUCUAAACCCUUCCUAUUCAUAUACUCAUCCAGAUGCCUUUUAAAUGUUGUCAUUGUACCAGCCUCUACCACCUCCUCUGGCAGCUCAUUCCAUACAUGAAUGGGACCAUUUGGUUACAUUUCUUUCUAAGCGGCUGUAAUCUCUUCUUGCUAUAACAGUGUUAAAGGGAAAUUUGGGUAUACCAUGAGUUAACCAUUAAAUUGACAUGAAGUUGCAGCUAGGAUUAGAAUGAGAUAGAGAGUUUUAGUUAACUUCAUAGGCAAUAAUCAAACAAAUCAUAUAGGAUUCAUUUUAAUUUUAUCGAGUCAAUAAAGUUAGGUAAGCUACAUAAACAUGCUCAGAUGCUGAUGCAACAGAGUUUCUGUGAAAAUACAACAUGGCUGAACCAGCAUUAACCCCGGGGCCUUAUUUGGAAAUGGAAUGUGAGGCUAAGCCCAUACCACAUCAAGAAAGAUAAAGGUGUGGAGUUUAGUCGAGGAUGUGAACAAAGCACAGGCUUCAGAAUUGAAGAUAGCAUGGCACCUGGAAGAUAGGGAGUAGUGAAACCAGAGCUAACAAGAGUUUGGCAGUGUUUGGAAUGUGUGAAAAACAAGGUGUUUGUCUAAAACAAACAUUUUGGGAUUCAUGUAUUGUCUACGUGACUUACAAUGCACAAAUAUCUGAUGAACCUUGGUUGAUCUUUCUGGACUAGAGUCUCCCAAUGUUGCUAUCACGAAAUGAUCAUUGCCCUUUAUCUUGAGGCACCUGAGUUAUUUCUUAAAAUAAUCUACUACAAUAAUGGAAUUACCUUUGGUGCCCCUGAAAGAUCUAUCCUCAUUAUCAGGUAUGUUGCCCUCAGCAACAUCAUCUAAAAAUACAAUGUCAGGUCCCAAUGCACAUUGAUGACAUUUAGCAUUGCCUCAGUGGCAGGCAACUUGGAAGCUUGGGGUCAUUUUUGCAGUCAGAACAUAGGUGUUCUGCAAAGCAGUCGCCCAGUCUGGAUUUUGUCUCCCCAGUUUGGAGAAGACCGCCAUUUUGAGCAGUAAAUAUAGUUGACUAUGUUGAGCUAAGUACAGGUAAACUGGUAUUUCACCUGGAGGGUGUGUCUAGAUGUCUUGGAUAGUGAGAAGGGAGAAGGUAAAUGGGCAUGUGAGGCACGUUCUGUGAUUGGGAAGGUGCCGCAUGGAGGUUGGGAAGUUUUGAAGUGGAAGAGGAGUGGACCAGGGUGUCCCAGAGGGAACUGUCCCUGCGGAAUGCUGACAAGAGAGGGAAAGGAAUAUGUGUCUGGUGGUGGCAUCCUGCUAGCAGUGGCAGAAAUGAUAGCGAAUCAUGGGGUGAAAAGUGAGGAGC